GCGAUAAAGGACGUUCGUCUUUGAGAGCCUAACCCACUGUGGCACAAGUUGGACAUCGUAGCUCCUCUAAAUUCCGAUCAGCGAGCUCCUAGGUCACCUCUCAUUUGUUCGUGGUGAUACUUCUUUGUUACACAGCAAAUUUAUUUUACAAAACUCAAAAUUACCUUGUUUUUAUUUAUUGUCCGUUGCUACAGCUGAUAUAUUUUCUCAUAUAUACCAAGUGAUCAGAUUCUGUGAAUACAACUACGAUUAAGAAAUAUGGCCAAGGUCUUUAAUCAGCACCAACAGUCAUUUUCUUCUCAAACAACGCAUUCCAAUAAUAAUGGCUGUGUUGCAUCUUUUUAUACUGCCAAAUCCAGAUUUAACUUCCUCAGGGCACCUAAACGUACUAUCUCGCAAUACAGGCGAUAUCCUAGUCGUAUACGCCGAGCUCAGAAAUAUGACCCGAAUUCUGUGUCCAUUGGAAAUGAUUCUCAAAAGUCCAAUAUUAUCGAUAUUCUAUGUGAUACGGCUGAUUCGAAGCAACCUGCCCAUAAGAUUUUCAUGAACCAGUAUCCUUCGCACAUUACUUCUGAUUAUAAACGUUCGCGCCCGGAGCUAAACGGUCAGUCAAACGAAAAUUUAGAAGAUAUGUCAAUAUCUACUCCGGCGGCAUGUUAUUUACGUCCUUUACAACCGAAAAAUAAUCUUCGCUCUGAUUUAUCCAAAAUAUGUCACUCACAUAUAGUCUGUAAACUCUCUUCACUUGAUAAUGAUCGCCUGCAAGAUCUACUCUCGAAGGAAUUUAUUUACCAACCAAACAAUGCCUUCCUGUAUUAUGUUAAUCCAGAAGUCGAUGAUAAAGUCGACGCCGUACUUCGAAAUGAGGCGGUACACAAUCUGCGCUUUUUGCACAAUUCAUUUUUUAAUCUGUCUACAGAAACAUUUUGUAAAGCUGUCAAUCUCAUAGAUCGUUUUAUCGUUAAAGUCAAGGUCAAACCUAAAUACAUGGCAUGUGUAGCUGCUGCUUCUUACUGUGCUGUAUGCAAAUUGAGUAGCUCAAAUAACAAGAAUGUUAUAUUGCCUGAUCCAGAAACAAUGGUACAUAUCACUCGUUGUGGUGGUAACGCUGCUGAUUUGUUGCGUAUGGAGGAAAUCCUCGAUUCUAAAUUAUCUCACGAUCUUGAUGGAGUAAAUGCAUUCGAUUUCUUGCAACUUUUCAUCGACUGUGUGACUAAAUCUAAAGAUAUCAUGGAGGACGAAUUGAUCAAUGGUGGUAUGAAUAUAAGUAGUUAUUUACGUGAAUCAGAUGUAGAAAAAGUGUCAGAGACAAUUAAUAUAACCUCAAGUGUACAGAAAUCAGAUGAGGUGAGAAAGAAUCUCGUAACAGCUCGUCAGAAGGAUUUCAGUUGGAAAGCUCUUGUUUAUAAACGUUUGGGAACAGUCAUGGAGAUUGCAUUGUGUUCGUUGGAAGUUUAUCGUUUCCGUCCUGUUUGUUUAGCACUUGGAAUUUUAGCUCAAGUCGGUAUUGAAGGUCUUCUACCGUUGGCAGAUCUAUGUGGGGUCGAUUGGUUUGAUGUAUGUGAAUGUGCAAAUCUUGUGGGUCAACUGUAUGAAUUAUAUUAUCGUGAUCCUCCGCCAUCUAGUCGCAGAAGAACUGGAUUAUUUGUAACUAGACGUCAGUUUCGUGUUGGUUAUUCGAGUCCUACACCAUUGGAUACAAUCUCUGAAGACUAUGAACCGGUUGAAGAAGAUGAAUGGCUACUUCCACUUCUUUUUGAACCGUGAAGAAGUUCCAUUGGUUCGCUGACAUGUCUCAAUCCAUAUUCAACAGCCGUUGUGUAUAACAAUGCACUACUACUUUCACUAUAUUAUACAUAUUUAAUGUCUUAAUUUUUGAGUGCAUCUUUAUUAUUCUUACUACUACAUUCACAAAUUCAUUCACUUAACUAUAAACAUUCAGUAUACUUCAGAAAUCAAUAUUUUCAUUUAACAGUGUAUUAAGAAAAAUCAUUCUUUUUGACAAAAAGUCCUCUUUAUCGUGAAAUGAUAUAUAUAUAUAUAUAAUGUUAAACCCGGUGUUAAGAAUUUAUUUGAAGUUUCUGCAUAAUGAUAAAUGAGUAAUACUUUGAUAAAAGAAGUGUCCCUUCACUAAUUACACAAAUACUAUUCAUCAUUAUUGUUAUUAUUAUUGUUAACAUCAGCAUUAUGAUCAUCCUUGGAAGAAAGAAUUUCUCGUCAUCAACUCAGGGAUUAUUUUCUCUUUUAAUAUUCAAUAUACAUAUACAAAUACAUUAUAGCUGAACUUUAUUCUGGUGUCUUCGACCAUUCUUUCAAUUAGAUAUGAUCGUGUUGUGUCUUUCUUUUGUAUACUUAUCUCAACAUUUUUUCUUAAUAUUACCAUUGCUCUACAAUGGUAAUGUUUGUGCAGCUAGCUAAUCAACUUUAUUUGUAAGAUUGUUUGUUCCUUUCGCACACAUACACACAAAAGUGUACAAUACUAAUAUUAUCGUUGGGAUUUGACAGAGGAAAGAGCAUAGGAUUAUCUUUUCAUUCUUAUUCCUGGCAUUCUGUAUAAUUCUUGUAUACAUCAUUAUUAAUGAGCAUAUUCAUCAUAUAAAAAAUGUACGACUUCCAAAAAAGAAUUAUGACUAAUGUUUUUUUCAUCUUCGUAUACAACUGUGUAUGUGAGUGUGUACGUACAAACAGUCCAACUCAUAUUUCAAUACUUUCAUUAUGAGCCUUUUUUGUAUAUUCUCUGCGUCGAAUGACGUCUUUGUCCCAGUCGAUAUAUAUAUAUUAUAUUGAUGCGCUCACGUUCGAGUGCAUCCUUGAAAAUAAAAUGCAUUUCACUUUCCGAUAUAUACUCGUUCACUCUUCAAUGUCUUUCCCUGUUCAUGUUCCUUCACGUAUUCUAUCAGUCAGUAUUCUAUGCAAAUCUUUGAAGUGGACACAGUUUUUACUCAUUAAAUAUCUGUAUAUCACACAUGAAAAUUGAAAGUUUACUGUACAAAGUAAGAACACUAUAACAAUAUUCAAUUAGUUAGUUGUGUUUUAAAAAGUAUAUUCACAUAAAUUAUUUUGUGUAUUUGUUGCUUUCAUUACUUGUUUUUUUUCUCUUGUCGUUUACUUGAAUUAAUUUAAAAACAGGGAGCACAUUAAAGUGGUCCUUCCUCAUUCUUUCACUAUAUGCUCAUCCUCAUGUGUUGUUGCAUUGUUUUUUUCUCCUACCGUACACAAUUUACUUUCUGUGUAUGUUAGGAAGGUUUUCUCUUGAUUUUCUCUUCUUUUCUAGUUGUUUUCCUCACUAAUUAUUUGUUUUGUUGAAUCCAUUUUGCUUUAGUGUUUUGUUCGUCAGUAAUGUUGUGACCUUUAAAAAACAGUUUAUUUGCUUUAUCAUUUUCGAUGUUUUUAAAAAACUGAUUAGAAAUUUCUAAAUUCGUUUUUUGUAAGCGAAUUAGCAAACUGAAUUAAAGAUUUUCAAAGUAAGCUGUUAUAUUUAUGGUGGUUGGAAUCGACACUAGUUACUUCUU